CAACCAAUAUGUUGCAGAGAGCCGCAAGCAAUGCUUAUUCAUGGUGGUGGGUUAGCCACAUCCGAACAAAACAAUCAAAAUGGAUGGAGCAAAACCUUCAAGAUAUGGAGGAAAAAGUGCAAAGUGUUAUGAAGCUCUUAGCGGAAGAGGGUGACUCUUUUGCCAAGAGAGCAGAAAUGUAUUACAAAAGGAGACCGGAACUGAUAAUCUUUGUGGAGGAAUCAUUCAAGGCUUACCGGGCUUUAGCCGAACGAUAUGAUCACAUAUCAACAGAGUUACAAAAUGCCAACAACACCAUUGCUUCUGUCUUUCCAGAUCGCGUCCCACUUAUGGAUGAAGAUGACGAUGAUCCAUCACAAAGGCUUCCAAAAAAAAAAACAGAAGGGUUGAAAAAUAUACCAAAGCCUCCCCAUAAAGAUUUGAAAACGGUCAUAACAGCAGCAACAGCCACAAAGAAAUUGCAAUCCAAGAUAGCAGCUGCCACUGCAGCUGCUGCUACUCCAAAAGUUCCUAAAUCUGGUUUGAGCAGAAAAGAUGCCCUUGAAGAGAUUGACAAGCUGCAGAAAGAGAUUCUGGCCCUACAAACUGUGAAAGAAUUUGCAAAGAACUCUUAUGAGAAUUCCCUUAGUAGGUACUGGGACACUGAGGAGCAAAUAAAGGAAUUGCAAGAGAGAGUUUCCUCUCUGCAUGAAGAACUUGGAGAAGGUGUUGACAUUGAAGAUGAUGAAGCUCGGCGUUUGAUAGCAGGAGCUGCUCUUCAAUCAUGCCAAGAGGCAUUGACGCAGUUAGAAAAGAAACAGGAAAGAUCACUUGAUGAAACUAAAAUCGAGUCCAAAAGGGUAAAGGAUGUCAAGGCCAAGGUGGGCUCUCUCAUGGACGAAUUCCAUUAUGAACGGAAGAAUUCUAAAGAGCCAGGGAUCCAAAGUGAUUUAAAAAUAAUAGCAGAAACAGAGUUAGAUGAAAAUGCCAAUGAUUUGACUCGGAAGAAGCAGGAGCUGCAAUUAUUAAAAAAGAACCUUAAAGAGAACUUUGAAACUAGCUCCAAUUCAUCAUUCAGUGUAGCAGAGAUGGCAGAGAAGAUUGAUGAGCUAGUGAACAAAGUGAUCAAUUUGGAAACUUCAGUAUCAUCGCAGAGCGCUAUGGUGAAGAGACUGAGAACAGAAACUGAUGAACUUCACGAGCAGAUUCGAAUUCUGGAAAAGGAUAAGGAGAAUCUUAUCAACGACAAACAUAAAUUGAAUGACCAACUGACGAAGAUGGAAAAAAAGAUGCAUGGAGUAGAGGAUCUAAACCAAAUUGUAGAGGAUCAGAAUAUCAAUCUCCAAACCCAAUUCACUGAUGCACAUUCUAAUCUUGAUCAUCUCUCAGAGAAAGUCCAAAACGUGAAGCCAGAUGAGGAGGCUAAGAUCACACAUUUAUCAGAUGAACAAAAGGACUCAUCACCCCAAGAGGAAUUAAAAUGCGAAUCUACAGCUGAUUUGGUAGAGGAUGAUGCAACAGAUAAGGGGCUUAAGGUUGCUGCUACUGUUGAAGAUGAUCUAGCAUCAGACAAGCCUGAGGUCACUGGCUCACCAUUUGCAAAUAUCACCGGUUCAUUGGAAAAUGAUGUCAAGUCAGUAAAUGAGGUUGAGGUCACCAGUUCCUUAGAAAUGGAAGAAACUACCCCUGUGGAAAACAAAAUUCCCGAAGUGUUAAAAGAACAAGAUAAGAAUGUAAAUCCUGGCAAAGGUGACGAAAAGGCAACAGCUGAUGUGAGCACUACCACAGAAAAUCAGGAAGUCGAACAACAACUAGCAAGCAACAAGCUAGAUAGUUCUUCAGAGAGUUCAGAGAAACAGCAAGAAAAUUAUGCUAAACAAAGUUCAUGUGAGAGAGAGAAUUCUCUCAAAGUUGAUUCCAAGGAGCAAGCAACAGCACAAGAUGAACCUGAUUGGCGGAAAUUGUUUACAAAUGGAAUGCAUGAUAGAGAACAAGUUCUGCUGGCUGAAUAUACUACUACUCUUCGAAACUAUAAAGAUGUCAAGAAGAGGCUGGCUGAAAUAGAGAAGAAAAAUCAAGAUAGCAACUCUGAUUCAUCUGUGCAGCUAAAAGAACUGAAGACAGCCAAUGCCACGAAAGAUGAAGAGAUAAGAACUCUGCGUCAAAAACUAGUUCUCUUGCAGAGAAGCUUUGAAGGAAAUGAAGAUCUGGCAGAGGUAACUGUAGUGAUGCCAUCAGAAAAGAACGGCAUGGAGGAAGUUCUAAAAGUUGAACCUCAAUCUACUUCACCUAUUGAAGACAAAUUCCGGUCAAACAUGGAUGAAAUUCUAGAGCAGAACUUAACUUUCUGGUUAAAUUUCAGUGCUUAUUACUCUGAGAUACAGAAGUUUCAAACCACUAUCAAAGAUUUGGAGACCGAGCUGUCAAAACUACAGGAAAGAGGAAAGACGUCAGAGGGUAGUAGUAGUAUAAAGUAUUCUAUAAGAUCAGAUGCAAAACCAAUUUACAAACACCUAACAGAGAUCCAGGGUGAAAUAACUGUCUGGAUGGAAAAAGGUGCCGUGUUGAAGGAAGAACUGCAUAAUCGAUUCUCAUCUUUGUGUGGCAUCCAAGAGGAUAUAACAGCAGCAUUGAAAUCCAGUGCUGAAGAUGAUGACUUCAGGUUCACAAGCUACCAAGCUGCCAAGUUCCAAGGUGAGAUUUUGAACAUGAAACAGGAAAACAACAAGGUUGCUGAUGAACUUCAAGCGGGUUUAGAUGUUGUAUCGGCUCUCCAACUUGACGUAGAAAAGGCUCUGGUGAACUUGAAUGAUGAACAUGGGUUCUCGGUUUCAAGAAGACAGCAAAAUGGCCAGCUAAGACAAUCAGAGUCUCGGGCCAAGGUUCCACUGAGGUCUUUUAUCUUUGGCUCCAAACCAAAGAAACAAUCAAUCUUCUCCUGUAUGACCCCUGGAAUGAAUCGGAAAUACCGGUAGGAGCAGGACCGUAUGUACAAAGUUUUUUCAUGUAUUACUUUAGUUUUUUCAUCUUUAUGAAAAUUCUUUUAUCUGUUAAAUUAGGCUGCAGUUUAUUGACAGAUGCCUUUUUACUACAACGAAAUAUUCAAUUUUAAAUUUUUGUUGGUUCAUAAAUCUUAAGUUGGUGAGAAGUGUAACAGAAUGUAGUAUUUUGGUCUACCGUUCCCUUCGUAUUUUGAGCAGACGAG